UAUNCUGAUGUUUCGGUUCGCGCCUUGUGCUCCGCCGGCCACCUUGACCAUGCCGUUGACUUGAUCAAAGAAUUCGCCUCCAAGCACUGCCCUCCGGACACCUACACCUUCAAUUUCCUAGUCAAGCACCUCUGCAAAGCUCGCGCCUUGUCCACUGUUUACGCCUUCAUCGACGAAAUGCGCGAAAAAUUCGGUGUGAAGCCUGAUCUUGUUUCCUACACUAUCCUGAUUGACAAUGUGUGUAAUGGUAAGAACUUGAGAGAGGCAAUGAGGCUGGUGAGUGUGCUUCAUGAGGAAGGGUUUAAGCCUGAUUGCUUUGUGUAUAACACCAUUAUGAAAGGGUAUUGUGUGUUGAGCAGAGGGAGUGAGGCGAUUGAGGUUUAUAACAAGAUGAAGGAGGAAGGGGUGGAGCCUGAUCUUGUUACUUACAACACUUUGAUUUUUGGGUUGUCCAAGUCGGGGAGGGUGGUGGAGGCGAAGAAGCUGCUGCGUGUGAUGACGGAGAAGGGUUAUCUUCCUGAUGAGGUGACUUAUACUACAUUGAUGAAUGGGAUGUGUAGGAAGGGGGAGGCUCUGGCAGCGCUGGCAUUGCUUGGGGAGAUGGAGGGGAAGGGGUGCAGCCCCAAUGAAUGCACAUAUAACACACUGCUGCACGGGUUGUGCAAGGAAGGUGGUUUGAAGCUUGAUACUGCUUCCUAUGGGACAUUUGUGAGGGCACUAUGUAGGGAUGGCAAACUAUUGACACCUCACCAAAGACAACUAUAUACUACUGAAAGGGUUUCGUUUUCUUUCUUAUAUUGGUCGUAA